AUGCCACCGCAUCGCGUGCAGCGAACGCCACGACCUAGAAAGGAACCGGUUCAUAAAACAUCACGGCGUGAACUCCAUGUGAUCCAGCGGGCCUUUCUCUGCGGCGCACUCCUCGGUGGCGCGUCACAGAAAGGACUCGCGCGAGACCAUGGGAUCUCUCAGGCUACCCUCUCACGGACAAUGACGCGCCUCAAAGCUCGCGCGGCGGAGCUCGGCAUCGAUGAACUCAACCUCUCGGACCCACGACUGAUCAAAGACGCGCCGAAACUGUUCGAGGAGCCCAGCCGGCGUGGAAGAAAAGAGCUGUUGACCCCGGAGCAGAGAGCUCUGGUGGUAUCGGUCGCCACCAAGGACAAAGAGGCCUUGAAGGCAAAGUCGAGCAAGUUUGUCGGCGUCAGGAAACUCCCGGAUGGAACUAUCGAGAGGACAAUGGACCCAGAGCUGGUCGCAUUGGGCCUGCCGCUGAUGUCGACCUCCACUUUCGAAGGCUGUAUGUACGAGGCAGGAUACGUGCGAACGAAAGACGGAUGGAAGAAGCAGGGAGGAAGCAAAGCGGGCAAAGCCGGGACAUCAUCAGGUGCAGGGCCGACGGAAGAGGACGAGGAAGAUCAGGAAAUGGCAGACGCACAGCUACAGGCUGAGAUCGAAGAAGACAGCCUACAGAACGAUUUGAACAAUGGUCCGCGGGAAUCCUUUGACAACCGCAACAUCGAUCUCGGUCUCCAGAACGCGCGGGAUCGUGGAGAUGCUGACGCAAGUGCGCUCGAGGGCCACCAGAUCCACCACGAUCCGCGACUGCUACACGAACACUCCAAACUUCCGCUAGAUCCUAGCUUGCAAGACGGCAGCCACCAUCCAUCUCAGCAGGAGCAACAACUACGGCAACAGCUGCAGAUGUCACACGCGGUCGUCCCGUCACCGUCCACUCUUCCACCUGGCACGUCGGCUCCGGCAUAUGCCAAUGCAGGGGCUUGGAAUACAGCACCGGAAACCACAAACUCUUUGCAAUUCGACCUCUGA